AUGGCUCGCACAACACGUUCCUCCGCCAAAAAGGCGGCCAAUCUCACAGUCGACGAGCCAGAGCAAUUAUCGAGUCCGCCGGCGACACCAGCUCCAACCAAGUCGAAGGCAGCCCCGAAGAAGCCGGCAGCUACGCCAAAGGCUCCUGCUGCGAACAUGAGCAAGAAGCGAGCGAGAGGUGCAGUCAAGCAAGAAGAUGGCGAUGUCAAUGAGCUGCCGCACAAUCUCGGGACAGCGAUGCCUACGCCUGGCGCCGACUGGGAGGACUACGCUGCGUCUGGCCCGGCGAAGAAGCGAGCUAAGCGGACGCCUAAGAAGGAGGAGUCACCAGGAGAAGAUACGGGAGUCACUGUGAAGGAAGAAGACGUAGACUUUGAGGAGGCUACACCGAAGAAGACACCUAAGAAGACACCAAAGAAGGAGAACUAUGGUCUGACGCCCGGCUUGACUCCCUAUCCUGACUUCCCUCGCCCCACAGCUGAGGACUGCGCUGAAGUCGUCCGUCUCUUGGAGAAGAUUCACGGCCACGUCGAAGCCCCGAAAGCCAUUCCGCCACCUUCACUAGAUGUCUCCGGCUGUGGCGAGGUGCCUUCCGUGCUAGAUGCGUUGAUCCGUACGAGGCUCAGUGCGAACACGACGAACAAGAACUCUUCUACUGCAUUCCAAGGUCUAGUUGCUCGCUUUGGCACUCUCAAAGAAGGCAUCGGCAAAGGCAGCGUCGACUGGGAUGCUGUGCGUGUGGCGCCUCAAAAAGAAGUCUUCAAAGCCAUCGAGCGUGGUGGACUUGCCGACAGGAAAUCGAAGGACAUCCAAGCUAUUCUUCAGCUGGCAUACGACGAGCAGCAAGAACGCAAAGCUGCCCUGACCAACUCGGGCUCUGAUCCUGCAGGUGCUGAGAAGGAGCCAGACCAGGAGAAACAAGAAGAGAUUACCAAAGCUACCCAGAACGUCAUCUCACUCGACCAUCUCCACCUUCUCAGCACAGACGAUGCUAUCAACAAGAUGCUCAGCUACCCCGGCAUCGGACCCAAGACUGCGUCCUGCGUGGCGCUGUUCUGCCUUCAGCGGCCAAGCUUCGCAGUCGACACGCACGUCUUCCGCCUAUGCCAGUACCUCGGCUGGGUCCCGAAGAACACCAAGAAAGGGCAGCCGAAAGUCGACAGGAACACGACGUACAGCCACUGCGAUGUCAGGAUUCCGGACGAGUUCAAGUACCCGCUCCACCAGCUACUCAUCAAGCACGGCAAGACGUGUCCCCGCUGUCGUGCCAUCACUGGGCAGGGCUCUGCUGUCUGGGAGGAAGGUUGUCCGAUUGAGCAUCUAGUGAAGAGGCAUGGAUCGAAGAAGGGCGGCACCAGCACGAAGGAUCGGAAGAAGGCCGCUGAUGCUGCGGAUGAUGCUGGAGAGGAGGUGGAGCUUGCUGCUGAGCUUGAAGGGGAGGACAGUGAGCUCAGUGAUGUGCCUGGUGAUGAUGAGGCUUGA